CGGUGGCCUUUCUGGAUGCACCCAACUAUUCCUUUGGAUGCUAGGUUUAUUCUGUCAGACCUGUCAGAUUCUGCACCUCGUUGAGUCAAAACGUGUCAUAUGUUGUCAUAUUUAGUUUCGACCCUAAUACAUAGUAUUUAUUUUGGAGUAAAGGGAAUGUGUGAAAUAGAAGGGAAGGUUUAAAAAGAUCACACUAGGUUAGAUGAAUCAAUGGACGUAUUUGCAAAGAAUCGCAUAUAAAAAUUCGAUACAGUUGAAAUGUCUUAUAAAAUCGGACAACGCGUUGAGGUUCCUGGCAAGGACUGUCAAGGAGAAAUUGCUUACAUUGGUCACCCAAAUUUUGCUUCGGGAAAAUGGAUUGGAGUAAUUCUCGAUGAACCGAAAGGAAAGAACAACGGUACUAUUAAGGGUCAUUCAUAUUUUAAGUGUGCAGAAAACCAUGGAAUGUUUGUACGGCAGUCCCAGCUUAUUUUAUUGGAUGAAGCAGGUAAUAGAACAGAACCUGUUAGUCCAUCUUCGGCAGGUAGUAGUGCUACUACACCGGAUGAAGCCAGCGUAGCAAGGGCUAGAAGUCGGUUAAAUAGUACACAUCGAAGGAAUGAACCCACUGCAGUACGGAGAAAAACAUCUCCUGCGCAUGUUACCCGGCAGCAAUCUGACAAGCUUUCUGGCUCACGAUUGUCUUUGGCUGGUAGCAGAACACUAUUGAGUGCACCCAGUACAGAAAGUUUAUCUGGAUCGCAACACGAACGUAAAGAUGGAGGAGAAUCGCUUAUACCGGCACCCACUUCUACUAAAAGAGCUUCAUUUAUCGAGAAGUCCCCUAGCACGAGCUCGCCUCCCGGCAAAAAGCCAAAGGCCCAAGAUGAUCACAAUAAUACAGGUUUUGUAGAGACAUUAAAACCACAGUUUGUACCUGGCCAAGUAAUGGCAGGUUCUGCUGCAGCUGCAAAUGUGGUAGAAGAGAAACUGUCACAAUUGCAACUUCAACAAGAGAAUGAAAACUUAAAAUCUCAGGUUCGUGACCUUACCGACAAAGUGGAAACUUUGCGUGUGAAAAGAAUGCAAGAUAAGGAACGAAUGAAAGACUUCGAAAAAACGAAGCUUCAAUUCGAACAACUUCUGGAAUUUAAGGCGAAAGUUAUGGAGAGUCAAGCUAGUCUUCAAAGAGAUCUUCAACGGGCACGUCAAGAAGCAAGGGAUGCGCACAUAGCUCGAGAACAAUUCCAAGAAGAAAUGGCAGAUCUCGCGGAAACUGUAGAAAUGGCUACAUUAGACAAAGAGAUGGCCGAAGAAAAAGCUGAAACGUUACAGAUCGAAUUGGAACAACUCAAGGAAAAAUUAGAAGAACAAACGUUAGAUCUAGAAAUAUUACGAACAGAAAUGUCUGAGAGGGCUGCUGGAGGGGGCUCUGCUACUGGAGCUUCAAAUUAUGAAGUAAAACAAUUAGAACAACAAAACAAUCGUUUACGAGAAACUCUGGUUAGGAUGCGAGAUCUUUCCGCUCACGAGAAGCAUGAAUUUCAGAAGCUUCAAAAAGAUUUAGAUCAAAAGAAAUCGGAAAUAUUAGAGUUAGGACGCACAAAAGAAAAACUGUCGGCACGAGUGGAAGAAAUGGAACACCAGAUAGCAGACUUGCAAGAACAGGUCGAUGUCGCAUUAGGUGCUGAAGAAAUGGUCGAAGUUCUUGGCGAAAAGAAAAUGGCAUUAGAAGAAAAAGUUGCAGAACUGGAGGAAGCUGUAUCAGAUUUGGAAGCUUUACAGGAUAUGUCCGAUCAACUUGCUGAAUCAUCGAAAGAAUUAGAAUUAGAAUUGCGCGAAGAAUUGGAUCUAGCUCUUGGAGCGGCCCGUGAUGCGUACCGACAUCGGGACGCAGCUCUGGAAACAUUGGCGGAUCGUGAGCUAACAAUUACUAAAUUCCGCGAGCUCACUCAACAAUUGCAAGAGCAAUGUUUGCAACUACAACAACGCGUACAAUCAACGGAAACCUCUAAAUUUGGAAUGGGAGGUGCGGAACAACAGUUAGCAGAGAUCUUAGACUUCCAGAAGACUUUCGCCGAAACCCGUGCUCAAACAAAAGCAGUUGACCUUGAGUUACGGCGAUUGGAAGCUGAAGAAGCACAAAAUCAUGUGGCCUACUUAUUAUCCUUUAUGCCUCCUGCAUUCUUAGUUCGUGGUGGAGAUCACGAUGCUAUUCUAACGCUUCUUCUAAUACCAAGAAUUAUACAGAAAACGGAAAUACUUAUAUCGCAGGUACGAGUCAAGUAUAGAUCGUUGGACAAGGUUGACAGGGCAACUGUAGUGAAGGGUCAUUCGGUAGCACAAUAUACAUUCAGAUCACAUCUCUGUUCGUACAUGUAUGCAUUGCAAACGUUCCUCGGUUGUUUCGAAUCGGCCUUGAGUGUUUGUACCCCUGAAAUGUUACUUAAAGCUGGCGCAGCUUACCCGGAAAUGGCCGCGCAAGAAAAAUCUUUAGAUUCCUUGAUAGAAUUAACUAAACGAGAUCAAUUGGAUGAAAACCUACCGAUGGACGCUAUCGAAAAAUGUUGUGGAUACUUUUGUACUAUGUUUAUUGUACUAUUCGGGGAAUCCAUCAACCAAGCUCGCUUGGUGGUUAAUGGUACGAGAAUGCUGGACAGUUCUUGCGAUGCUAUCACAACCAUUGCUGCGGCGAUUAAAACGUUAAUUGAAGGGGACGGUGGUGACAUAGGUCUUCUUUGUCAGCAUGCGGAAACGACUUGCGAAGUGAUACAACAGCACUUAAAAUCAGCUAGAAGACGAGUAUUGACCGAUCAUGGUACCGCAUUGCGUGCGGCGGAAUCUAAUUUAGGAUUGGAUAAGGAUUGCAGUGAACAGGUGUUUACGUGUUAUCGACAUGCAAUGAUGAUUGUGAAAACGUUACAAACAUUGUUAAAGAGUGCUGUACAAGCAAUUAUAACGAAUGGUGACUUAGAUACAGGACUCGGUGCGGAUAAAUUAAAAGAGAUGGCUUCUGUAGCGUGUGAAAAAGUGUACGAUACCGAAGAUAUAGGACCUGUAGCCACAAUUAAGGAAAGCUUGUCGAUCGUACAACUAUUGGCAGCCAAUUUAGCACAAAAAAUGGCCGAAUGUGAAAAUGAAUUGGCGAUAAGUGGACACUUGUCGCAACAACAGGAACAAGGUGCAGAGAGUGAAUCCUUAAUGCCCAUUAAGAUACGAGCACAAGCUGCAAGAAAGGAGGCAGAAGAAACGAAAGUUCUUAGUAGGAAAUUGGAAACCAGAGAUAGCGAUAUACUUGAAGCAAGAUUGGCUCUGAGAGAAAAGCAAAAUGAAUUAUGUGAGAUGAUCUUAAGGAAAGAUGUUGUUGAAAAGAAACUUGCGACGCAACAACACGAGCAUGAAUUAAACGUAGAAAAGUUGAAGAGAAAAUUGGAGGAAGCUCAAAAUCAACUGAAACGAAAAGAAAAGGAAUUCGAAGAGACGAUGGACCAUCUUCAAACAGAUAUCGACAGUUUGGAAAGUGAACGAGGUCAACUUAAGGAAAAAUUAAAAUCUAUUGGAAAAAAGACUAUGUCUGUAUCCGGAGCAGAUAGUAUAACUGGAAAUGCUGCAACAGUAUCAGGGCCUCAAUCGGUGGACAAUAAAUUCUUAAUACAAGAAAUAAGUGCUCUCAAAGAAGCUUUGAAUAGUGAAAAUCAACAAAAGAAAAAAUUAAUGUAUAAUGCAUUACGUACAAAAUUAGAAAGUUUGGAUCCGAUAACACUUCCGCCAAAAGCAACAUCGGCCGAUGUAAAAAUUCAAGAACUAAAACAGAAGACUAACAAUCUUACCAAAGAUAUUAAACAAAUUAUGAUGUUCCCCACUGUUCCUGAUUUGAGACGAAAGAAAGCAUCCGAUUUGGAAGGUCCAGUACUAAAAAAGGCAAUGCCAAUUUACCAAUUGUUACAACGUCAAAUAGUUAUGAGAGAAUUAAAAGAACGUGCUGAUCAGUUAGUGGGUGAAGUCCGCGAGGAAAUUGUAAAGAGAACGGCAGGAGGAAUGGCUGAAGCGAAUUUCGCAGUAUUUCCAAAUCGUGAAAUGGCAGCAGCGAUGAAAGAGAGUAAAUUGUUUGCUGCAGAAGUCGCAAUUCCUCAUAAUGGUCCGGAACAAGUUUUUACUGUCAAUGUAGGAACCCAAGAACUUAGGAAAAUUCAUACAUUACUGUGUUAUUAAUUCUUAAUUUGUAAUACUUAGAUUUCAUAUUAUCAUUAUGUAUUCAGCGUAGCGAAAUGUGCUAUCACGAAAACCGACUGGAAUACGAAAGUAUUGAUCUGUAGCUUUGUUUUAUAUUUGUUUUUACACAGCCUAUGGUCUGUGGUAGAUGAUCCAUAUUCUAUUGUAUUUAUAUGUAUACAUUUACUCUAUUUUGUAUACGAAGAACACGUAAUCGAUUAUGAAUUUGCAUCUGACGAAAGGAACAGAUUAAAUCUAACGAUAACGUAACUUUGGAGCGAGCGAGUUUUCUUUAUUUCCGAUUGGCUACAGCACGAUGACCGGUGCAUCGUUGCUAGUAGACUGCAGCAUUUUGUUACUUUAUAAAUUCAAAUGUUAUUAUUACUAACAAUGCGAACGAUAAUGUUCAGCACCUUUGUGGCUCCUGUAUAUCUUUUAAGAAUUGUCAAAUAUACGGCUUAAAAAUAUUUACAUAAAUAUCCUUUACAUAUUCCACGUGUCGAGAUUAUCGCAACAUAGAAACUGCGUGUUUCUUUAGAGCAGUUUUAUCGUACACUUUGAACAAUGUACUUUUACCAUUCUGGAUAACGAUAAUAAUUGCGUAUUGGCAUCAAAACUAACACUUAAUGAAAUAAACGCUAUAAUACAAUGUUUCAGUUUUUAUUUAUAGCGAUUAAAAGAGCAAUAAACUGUU